UUUUUCUUUCUUCCCAUCUUUUGAUUUUAAUGGGUUCUUUUUAGCAAUGGAUAUAUCUGCAGAGGGACUAAGAUAGCUUACAACUAGAAGAAUCGUUAACUGAUACCAUUUUUGUAUGGUGCAAUCAAGAUAAUUGAGAGAAGCAGAGAUGAUUGAGCAUCAGUUUUGCUGUAAAUGGUGUUCAAGAUUGGUGAAAUAGUCUUGGACUCAUGAAAGUUGCAGCAUCACUUGCCAAAACUUCACUUUUCUUAUCAGCAUACAAUGGCUUUGCUGGUCCUGAUACUGGAGGAUAUGGAUUUUGCCAUUCCUAUUACUUUUCCAAGAUUGUUGCCAAGAAAAGUAAGAAGCCUCAAGCUCCUUCACCUAAGGGCUCUGAGAUGCCACCUCCAAGAAUCACAACAAACUUGAAGCAGAAUUUACAGUUCUUAAGACUAUGGAAGGAGUUCCAAAAGAGAAAAUCAAACACACCUAAGCCUGCAACUAGUUACCGCAGAAAGAGGGCAGAGAAAGAGGAGAUUUUAGAAGAAGAAACAGAACUUUAUCGUGAUCCUACUUUGAGCCUUUACUACACAAACCAAGGCAUAGAAACAGCAGUUCCUGUUUUGCUUGUGGAUGGCUAUAAUGUCUGUGGAUAUUGGCCAAAAUUGAAGAAGCAUUUCACAACUGGCAGAUUAGACAUUGCUCGGCAAAAGCUUGUUGAUGAACUGAUUACAUUUAGCACGCUAAGAGAGGUGAAAGUGGUGGUUGUAUUUGAUGCCAUGAUGUCAGGGCUGCCAACACAUAAAGAGAGUUUUGCUGGCAUUGACAUGGUGUAUUCGAGUGAAACCUGUGCUGAUGCUUGGAUUGAGAAAGAGGUUGUAGCUUUGAGAGAGGAUGGCUGUCCAAAAGUUUGGGUUGUCACAUCAGAUCGUUCUCAGCAGCAUGCUGCAUAUGGAGCAGGAGCUUUUGUAUGGAGUAGCAAGGCUUUGGUGUCUGAGAUAAAAGCUUCGCAAAAAGAGAUGGAGAUGAUGCUCCGUGAACAUAGAUCGACUUCCAUGCAAGGUAAAUUGCUGAAGCACAAUCUUGAUGCAGAGGUAGUGGAUGCCCUCAAGGAUCUCAGAGACAAGUUAUCUGAAAAUGAGUCCCGAAGAUGACUUGUCCCCGUAAAAUGAUGUCCUUCACCUUGGCUAAAUUGCCAACAAAAUUAAAGCAUAUGCUGUCCAGUUAUCUGCCUGAAAAUAUAUUUCUCAGUAUUUCAGCACAGCCAUGUACAGCUUUUUGCCUGUGUUAUGUUAUCCUACCUCAGUCCCCUUCGCAACUCAGCUUAAAGCUGACAGCUUGCUUGUUCAACUUCUGUCUGUGCAAACUAUAUACUUUGUGGAUGACUACUCGAAAUGCGUAAAAUUUCACAAUUUGUUGCUCACAAGGCUUUGUUGGAGAUUA